AUGUCCACCCACGGCCCCACACUCAUCAUCAACGCAUCAUACCGCGGUGACAGGCGAGGCGAUACACGCACCGCCGUCCUCUCGACUGCGCAAGACACUGCACCAUCCCUAGGCAUCGAAAAAUACACACUCGCGUCAUAG